AACAUCACCAUCGUAGAAGGGAAAGUGAAGCUGAAGAGAGAAGAAAAACACCGAUCAAGUUAUUCAUGCUGAAAAACAACAACAAAGCACCACACCUUUCCCAUUGUUGGGCCAAGAGGCUGACAUUUUUAAAAACAGACACCUAUUGCAGAACUUCAAAAUGCCUCCCAGAAAUGUUUUACUGCUCGGGUUGCUUCCAUCUAUCCGGAGCCUUUCGUGUCUCAUCACGACCUGGCGGAUGCUUUCUCUGCCAUUACCGAAUUCCCUCUAGUACCCAAGACAAGCACACGCACCCCGCCUUGCAUCACAGGGAACUACAAGUCCCACAAUACUCUUCGCAGCGGCGCAUGCUCGCAUUCUCCCAUGGAGCCAAGAUGGCAGACACAGGGACCGGCGGCUCUAGUAGCUCAGGCACGCGGUCAGGUGGCAAGCACUCUUCAACCCCGGCAGAUAAUUACCAUCUGGCUCGAAGGAGGACCCUCCAGGUGGUUGUCAGCUCGUUGUUGACAGAGGCUGGUUUUGAGAGUGCUGAGAAGGCUGCUGUGGAAACCAUGACAGAGAUGCUCCAGAGCUACAUUUCAGAAAUUGGGAGGAGUGCCAAAUCUUUCUGUGAACAUACUGCAAGGACUCAGCCAACCCUUUCAGAUAUUGUCGUCACCUUAGUUGAAAUGGGCUUUAAUGUGGAAACACUCCCUGCAUAUGCCAAACGGUCUCAGCGGAUGGUCAUCACUGCACCACCUGUAACAAAUCAGCCUGUGACUCCAAAAGCCCUGACAGCUGGACAGAACAAGCCUCACCCAUCCCACAUCCCUGGCCACUUCCCAGAGUUCCCAGAUCCUCACACUUACAUCAAGACACCAACAUACCGGGAACCUGUUUUGGAUUAUCAGAUUCUACGGGAAAAGGCUGCAUCCCAGAGACGUGAUGUUGAAAGAGCUUUGACCCGCUUCAUGGCAAAGACAGGAGAGACACAGAGUCUUUUCAAGGAUGACGUUAGCACCUUCCCCUUGAUAGCUGCCAGGCCUUUUGCAAUACCCUACUUGACAGCUCUGCUACCUUCUGAAUUGGAGAUGCAGCAGAUGGAGGAGACUGAUUCAUCUGAACAGGAUGAUCAAACAGACACGGAGAACCUUCCCCUGCACGAUGACUCAGGAGCUGAGAAGGAGAAUGCAUCGGUGCUACAACACAACACCUCCCUUUCUGGAAGCCGGAAUGGAGAAGAGAACUUGAUAGAUAAUCCUUACCUCCGCCCUGUGAAGAAACCCAAGAUCCGCAGGAAGAAGUGAAUUGUGCCAAGAUGAUGGUGUGGGCUAGGAGGAAGCCUUUGGCCCCUGUGCUGUUGAGAUGUGGCACAGGAAAGGCAAAACAAUGCUGAGAGAGGACCAGAUGGAAAAGUGGUCUCUCUGGCCAACAGUUUGUUUUAACUUAAGGUUAAGGCUAAAAUCGUGACCUAGAAGCAUGGCAAACCAUGAAGAUUGAAAUCCAUCUGUCUCUUCCAGGGAACAGCCUGCUCCUUCUUGUGGUACCUACAUCAUCUCUGUCAUCCUUGGGUCGACCUUCCUUUUUUGAGGACUGCAAAUAGAUCAGCAGACAAUGCAAAAUUCUUCUUUGCAUUUUGCCAGUUUCUCAAGACAUUCAGGAGAAUCAUCCCUCCUUUUCUAGCUGCCUGCCUUUUGUAUGUGCUACUUAUAUUGGGAUUCAAGCCAUGCCUCCUUGCUAAUUAAAUAUGAUGUUUGGAUGAGAGGUAGCCAAGGGCACCAGCUGGACAUCUGCUGUUUUGCUUUUGCAAAAACUGAGGCUGUUCAAAACCAUAUGAUUCCUAAAGUCUAUGUGUGCUUGCAGCUGAGGCGUUGGUCUGAUCCUAUAUUUGAUUUGAGCUAUUGGGAGAGCUGAGAGGAGAAAUUCAAUGGUAGGAUCAGUGUGAGAAGAGAAACUUCCCAGCAGACCUGCAGUGCUUGAGACCACAAGAUAUUUAACUUCUUAAAAGUGCAUUUAUAGUUCAGCAUGUUUGUGGCUCUUGGUUCUUCACCUGGAUGAGUUUUUUGUUUAGGGUCUUAUAUCUGCACCUUAUGGCUCAGAGUCUUAGAUUUCUAUUUGUCUUAGCUCCACAGUGGCAGUAUUUCUACCUGCCUCUUGUCCCCAAGUAAUAUUUGUAAAGUGUCACCUGUUGGGGGAGCUUCACAGUGGCAGAAGCCCAGUUUUGCUCAGACAGGCAAAAAGCUACCACUGGUGGUUCUCUGCCAGCUGUUGCAAGUGGAUCCCACAAGAGGCCUGAUCCUCUGGACCCAUGGUUAUGCAAGCCUAGAGCUGGUAUAGUGAAAAAUUACAAGAAAUGGUCCCCUUCCAAUCCCAAUUAGGAUUGCUCUGCAAGUGAAUCUUCACGUUCCCUGCUAUGUGUAUUAAAUGCCUAUUGAGACACUUUCUUAAAACACUUGAUUGAGAAGAAAGAAGAAGAAAAGGGCAACAUCUUGCUGUUUUGUUUUUUCUUCAACGUUUCUGAUUGCCUUUUGGGAUUUUUUUAAAUAUAAGCUGUAUCUGGAAGGAAACAAGAAUAGUGAGAUUGCCUAAAGAAGCCUGGUUCAGAUCUCAUGUCCUGAUUGUCCAAACUGUGGUCAGAGAGUUGAGAAUAUGUUGCAGCAUUUACCCUCAUGUGUACCGGUUCUCUUUAUUUCUUUGUUUCCUCUAACUACAGUUUGCCAUCUGAUGGCAUCUUGAUCAGCCAGACUGUGAUUAGCACUAAACUCCAAACCAUGAUUUGAAACUAUUACCUGGAAGCAAUCCUGCUUAGCUGUACCCAUUGUUUUGAAGAUAGUCUUAACUGAUGUGAAAAACAGCUGGUUUGUGCUAGUUGAUCUUUGGUGGUUACUUGACCAUUUGGUAAGCAUUAGAUCUUGAAGUUGUGAGACCUUCAGUUAGCAUUAAACCACUUUAACUACAGUAGCACUCAUCAGAAGGGCUUCUUGGUCUUCGAACUUUGAUGCUGAACAUUAACUCCAACUUGUGCCAUGUCAGUAGGAUUGGGCUGUAGGUUUGUAGCUUCACAAUGGGCCUAUUGGGAAAUACUCUGAACCCAAUUAAUGCCUUUUUAUGGUUUGUCUGCAGCACCCCUUUAUCGUGUGCUAAUUGCAACUGCUGCUGUCUGUACAUUUUUGCAUAAUUGUACACCUAAUAUCUGACUUGCUCAAACCUGUGUAAAAUACUUGUUCAGUAGCAGUAGCCUUUCAUCUUUUGAUCUAUUCAGAUAAGUAACCUAGGAACAAAAUCCUUCAGGCUUCUAUUUUCUUGUCAUCGGCUGAUUGCCUGGAUAAUUCCUUGCUCUUCCAGCUCAAGAGAUUUUUAUUAGAAAGGCAUACCACCCUUUGAAUGUGUAGAGUUGCCCCAGAUGAUUAGCUAUUCAUCUGUUUUCUUCUACAUCAGGAUUAAGGAACUCAUGUCUUCCCAGAUGUUGCUGGAUUCUGGUUCCCAUCAUUCCUGGCCAUUGGCAGUGCUGUCUAGGGGUUGAUGGGAGUUGGAGACCAACAACAUCUGGAGGGCUGAAGAUUCCCCACUCCUGCCUUAGGUGUUAAUUUCUUUCCUAUUCAGCUAAAGAAAGGCUCCAGAAUUUAAGAACUGGUUGAUGUGGAGAGGAAAUACACUUAGCAACAUUUAUUUUCAAGGUAUCCUAAGACCUCACAUGGAUUAAACAGUCUUCAUUUGCUAGCUUCUGUUCCAUAAUAUCCUGUUGGUGAAAGAAACAGCUUUAUUUGAUUGAUGUCUCAUUCCCUUUCUCCUUCAGUCUCGUCAGAGGGUCUAAAUUGGAUUCACAUAUUCCAGCAAGUCCAACCUUAUUCGCUUGAUGUUUGCAGUUGGUGGUGUGAGUCCUUGUGUUGCAGGGAUGUGUAACCUCUGGCCCUCCAGAUGUUGGAUCCCCAACUUUCUCAGGCUCAUGGCCAAGAAUAAUGGGAGUUGUAGUCCAAAAACAUCUGGAGGACCACAUGUUCAUGGCCCCCAUAUGACCACAGAGAUGCCACAGGAGCAUUAUGGCAACAGCGGCACAUGAAUUGCAUCAGCAGCUGAGGCUGUACCCAGUUGCCAUUUUAACUUUUAAAAUGUCUGACCCCAGGGUGAGAGUGGCAGUGAAUUCAGUGAAAGAACCACCAGCAUUGGGGUUACUGGGCUAAUGAGAGCAAUAAGGUGGUGGACUGAGGGGUUCAGACUUGCCCCCUUGCUGCUCCAGCACUCUUACUGGCCUGGCCCUGCAACUCCAAAACUGCUGUCUUAUUGGCUGAGCUCACUGCAACUCUUCCACCGAGGUUGAGAUUUUUUAAAAUUAUCCAGAAUUACCCAGAAUCUGGUGUGUACCAGCAAGAAGGGUGCAGCUAGCAAGCAGCCUUGCCUCACUUGCUUGAAAUACACCCAGCUAACCAAUUACAGAGGGAGGAAAGGUACUGUUGCUUGUGACAUCUGAAACGUAAAAGAAGGCAGGGUGGGAAAAGAAGAGAGCAACUGCUGUGGGAAUGGAGCAACCAGAGUGAAGGGGGACCUUCCAACCUGGCCCAAACCUCUUCCAGCCUCUGAUCAGCUGAUGGACUGCUUUUUCUUGCCAUUCAAAAAAGAAAAACAAGCCCCUCAUGUAUCAAAUUAUUCUGUCCCUGGGGGGGAAAGUUGUAAAUAAUUUUAUUGGCUAAAAGAUUCUAAAUGUGCCAUUGUCAAUCAUGCUGAUGUACUUUUAUAGACAAAUGUAAAUACAGACAAAUUUAUACAUUUAUAUAUUUUUGGUCAUUGGUUAGGCUUUUUGGCAGUUUUAAAAAGGGUAGCCAAAUACACU